CAGUGAUUUGUGUGUGAGAGAGAGACAGAAAGGGAGAGGGUACCAUUUACAACGACCAAUGGCAUAUGAGCACAUUUGCGCGCUUUGAAGCAGAUGAUACCUGCGCGUGUACACGACAGGACCGCGCGCGCGGUUCGAUGAGCGAUGCGUUCAAACAGUUCGCAGCAGCGCAGUGGUGACUGUGAUGAAGAAAAGCAAGACGACUCAAAAGUUUAGUGCAGUAAGAAGGUAGUUAUCAGCCCCGCCUUCCAGCAGGAGGAAUCCUCGGCGGUCAUGUUCUGAUUCAGAGGCGGGAGCCGAACAGACGGAGCGGGAUGAAGGCGGUGAUGCGGAGCGCCAGACGGCGGCCGUUCCGACGCUUCUGCUGCUGCGGAGUCGGGCUUCUCGCGCUCGUGUGGCUCGCACAGGUCCUGCAGCUGACAGAGAUCGAGUCUUCAUGGCCAGAAACAGACUUUCCCAGACGCAGGGUCCUGCAGUAUGGCGUCGAAAAUCAAACAAUCGACACUCCCAGAGCAGCAAUUCAUGAGUUCCCUGAGGACAUCUUCACCAAAGAGCAGCGUAAGAGAGGAGCCGUACUACUGCACGUGCUAUGUGCUGUCUAUAUGUUCUACGCACUGGCUAUCGUUUGCGAUGACUAUUUUGUCCCAUCCCUGGAGAAGAUCUCAGAGAAUCUGCAGCUGAGUGAAGAUGUGGCUGGGGCGACUUUCAUGGCUGCAGGAAGUUCAGCUCCUGAAUUAUUUACUUCCUUAAUUGGUGUAUUUAUCACAAAGGGAGAUGUCGGCGUUGGUACCAUUGUUGGGUCAGCAGUCUUCAACAUACUGGUCAUCAUUGGAGUGUGUGGCAUCUUUACCCGUCAGACGGUGGCCCUGACCUGGUGGUCUCUCUUCAGAGACUCACUGUACUACAUCUUCUCAGUUCUGGCCUUGAUUUUGGUUAUCUAUGAUGAAAGAGUUGUAUGGUGGGAAUCAGUGCUUCUGGUCUCCAUGUAUGGAGUCUACAUCCUUAUCAUGAAGUUUAACAGUCAGAUUGCCAGCUUUGUUCAGAGAUCAUGUGGCAGUCCAGGCCAAUGUUGUGUCAGGAGACAAAUAUCCAGAGAUAAAGAGGCUGAUGAAGCGGGAACAGAUGGCAACACCUCCUUGGUGCUGUUGAGGAAAGCUCCAGCAGGUUCGCCGCAGGAGUCUCCAGUAGUGAUGGUGGAUGAGCUGCUCAUCUUAAGGCCACACCAGCUCUCGUUCCCAGAGGCUGGACUGCGUGUCAUGAUCACACCACAUUUCUCUCCACGCACCCGUCUCUCUAUGGCCGGACGCAUGCUCAUCAGUGAGAGACAGAGAUUGCUCCAGGAGAAUAAGAUGAACAGGACCUCAGGGAAGACAUUUGGUUCUAGAGGAAUAGUAAAUGGAGGAAGUGUUGAAGCACAGCAAACACCCGAGGACACAGAAAUGACGGAUGGCAAGAACGGAGCAAAGGUGGAACACUCUCAACAUGAGGAAGAGGAUGAGGACGGGGACGAAAUGUUCAAACCUCACCAUUUUCCUGCUGGCUACAGUGCGCGUCUGAAGUGGCUGGUGUCCUGGCCGCUCGCUGUUCUGCUGUAUUGCACGGUCCCUAACUGUGUUUUGCCGCGUUGGCAUCGCUGGUUCAUGAUCACCUUCAUUGCAUCAACCCUCUGGAUUGCUAUUUUUUCCUACCUCAUGGUGUGGAUGGUCACCAUCAUCAGCUACACACUUGGUAUUCCUGAUUACAUCAUGGGAAUCACUUUCCUGGCUGCUGGCACUAGUGUACCCGACUGCAUGGCCAGCCUCAUCGUCGCCCGCCAAGGAAUGGGGGACAUGGCCGUGUCAAACUCCAUUGGCAGCAAUAUCUUUGACAUCCUGCUGGGACUGGGCUUCCCCUGGGCUCUGAGGACGCUAGUAGUAGAUCAUGGAUCCGCAAUAUUCAUCAAUAAUAAAGGCCUGGUCUAUUCUGUCAUCCUGCUGCUCGCAUCAGUCUUCCUCACGGUCCUGAGUGUGCAUCUAAACGGCUGGAAGCUGGAUCGGAAACUAGGUCUUGGUCUCCUGCUCCUUUACUCCAUCUUUCUGCUCUGCUCCAUCCUCUUCGGUCAGCUCUAGAGCCGCUGACACACUCUUCAGUGUGUUCUUGUUAUGUUUCAUUUUUAUACUGCUUUGACUGUAGAUCAGGUACUAAAUCUUGGCUGAUUUCAUGCCUGCGUACAGUGUAGCAGCAAAGGGAAAUGUUAUGCUCUACAGAAACAACCUCAGAAUGGUUUUCAAGAUCUGGUCAGUCCUUUGUUCUGACCACAGCAGGAACGGAUACAGUUUUUGAUUGCCCAGUUAAGGACUGCUUCAAGCUGAAAGGUUUACUGUAUUAUAAAAUAGUUUCUGUCUUCAGUCAACCAAACUUACAGAAACACUGAAGUAUUACAAUCAUGCACGGUUUACCUGCUCAUGGCUCAGUAAUUCUUCUUUGCAGUGUUUUACCCUUGUGGAAAAGAAAUACAUUUUAGCAUACUUAAUUACAUUCAUUUACAGUAUUUAUUUUUCUAUUCUUUAAGUGUAAACUGAAUGUAAUAUUUUCAUACAAUUAAUUGCAUGUUAUUUGCAAUUAAUGCAAUUGUGUUAUAUAGCUUAAAUUUAUAUUAAAUGCAAUUAGUUGAACUUAGGAGUGAUUUUUGACCCACUUAAGUAGGACUUAAUUUUAUAAUUACUUCUGUUGUCUUUAAAAUAUAGUUGAAUUGUAAAGUCUUUAAAUAUAUUUCUAAUUACACGUGUAAUGGUGAAGUUGGAAUCUAGAACAUUUAAAAUAUUGUUAUUAACUUUAAAUGCCACAUUAAAUAACAAUACAGUUCAAAUUAUAAUCUAGUACUUUACAUGUGCUGGAGUAUGUUAGUCAACACAUCAAAAGUGUGCUUCUUUAAAACAUGACAAAAGAUUAUUAAAAUGAUUUAAAAUUAAAGUUGACAUCGUUAGUGUAAUUUUAAAAAGUGUACUUAAGUGUGUUCGGAAACAGCCCUCUCUUCAAGUCACUUAAGUGUGCUUGCAUGUGAAAAAUAUUAUAUGCUGUUUUUUUUUUUUUUAGAUUUUAAGUACACUCCAAGUGCAAAUUCAAUACAUUUAAGCAGACUUCUAUUUCACAAGGGUAGGCCUGUUUCUGUGUUGCAAGAUCACUGAUAAACAGCACAAAAGCACUAGGACAUUUCACAGGUUGUAUUACUCCGCCAGUCUGCGUUCACAGUGUUUCAGCCUAUAUAUGUGGCCCUUUCUCACUUUCUCACUUAUAGUGCAGCUGGACUAGAGUGUUUACAAAAUGAAGUGAAUGGGUGCCGUCAGAAUGAGAGUCCAAACAGCUGAUAAAAACAACACAGUAAUCCACAUCACUCCAGUCCAUCAGUUAACGUCUUAUGAAGAGAAAGGCUUUCUCCAGAGAGCACUAUUGUAUUGUUUUAUUCUGACAAAAAAACACAAAAAAGACCAAAAACGAACAUAUUCGUUAAACUACUGCACACACAACACAAAUAGCCUUAAAUUGAUUCGUUAAAUAUUGUUUUGAUGAAAAUGUAAUCACUAAUUUGUGAAUUAUAGAGCUAGUUCGCCCCAAAAUUACAACUGUCAUCAUUGAUGUCGAAACAAACCUGUCCUUCGGUGGAACAUAAAAGAAAAUAUUUUGAGAAAUGUCUCGGUGUUUUGUUUUUGUCCAUACAAUGUAAGUCAAAGGUCUCCAGAACUAACUGGGUACCAACAUUCCUUAAAAUAUCAUCUUUUGUGAAAUGAUUUUUGGGUGAACUAUCCCUUUAAGAAUCAAUCGACACUCGUCACACAAAAGUAAACUAGCACAGCAGACUAUUAAAGUUUGCUAGUUGACGUUUGUUGUGGAUAUAAUACAUCAUUUGGAAUGACAAGGGUUAACCAAACGAACAACUCUUCAGUAAAUCACAGAUUAAUGUAUUUCUGUUGACUGAUGGUAAUGUAAUCCAUAUGAAUAUCAGUAUGUCAGCAUGUAGCCCACGAAAAAUGAACUGUACUCUGAUGACUUGUUUUUUAAUUGUACUCAAAUUUCAUGUACUUGGUUUUUGUAAUCAGAUUAUGUAAUAGCACUAGUUAUAUAAAGACUGUUUAUUUCCUGUAGUUAUUGACCAAGUAAUCACGUUGUGGUAAUUCUGUCUUUAAUCAGUUUGCACUGACUGUAGCAAUACUUCUGAAUUCAUAGACUGAUAAUUUGUCUUUGAUGAUUCAUGUGCGUGUGGGAAUAUUUGUAGAAACAUAAUAGGUCUUUUAGCGAUAAAGUAAUAUAUAUUUAAGCAACAACAACACAGGUUUGCCUGUAGUAGUAAUUUAAUGUGAUUGUAUUUUUGAUAGUUGUUUUCUUGAUGGAUGUUUUUAAAAAGAGGUUUGUAACUGGUUGUUAUAGAAUAUAAUAUAUGUGCACUGAUUUUUUUUUUAGUGAAAUUUCAGAUCAUCCCCCUUAAAAACAAAAACAAAUAAUAAUAAUAAUUUUAAUAGUUGUAAUUGGAAAAUACGAUAUUUAUAGAAAAUGCUAUAUGGGGAAUAUUUAGGGUUAUUUGUUAUUUAUGUAGAUUUAGACCUGUUUGUUAUUAAGUAUGAGAGUACACAAAAUUACUGUCUAUAUUUAACUACGAUUUGCCUAGUUUUAUAAAUUCUAGUUGGAAGUGUUUUUAAUAUUUCUAUAUUGCAUAGAAAUGGAUAUGGUGUGAGUAGUGUUGUUAGACUGGAGGGAAAUCAGUGAGUCUAGCAAUAAUGUCUACUCUAUACGGUUGUAAAUUUCACUGUUGAUAACAGUUGUUGGCAUGUAUAUAGAUAAGCAGUCUGUGAGUUCUGUCCUGUGAGAUUCAUCUAAUUUUGUAAAUAGUGGUAACACUGAGAUGAUAUUUGCUGAAUGGUUAGUGCAAUUACAAAACGGUGAUGUCACUAAAUAAUGAUUAUGGUGGAGAGGGAAAAUUCAAAUGCUUCAUGCCUUUUCCAUAAAGGAAUGCUGUAGAAAAAAACACUAUUAUAUAUUGUGUGCAAUAAAAUGUGCAAUAAUAAAA